UAGUUAUACACACACAUAUUUUACACAAAUGUAAUCCCUUUAAAACACCUGACAAUACGAUCCAACAAAAAAAAACACGUGCCAAUUAUAAUUAUUUUAUAAUUUUAUUCUUGUUUUAUCGAAAAAAAAACACGUCGCCACCAAAGACAAAAAAUCUAAAGUUUUUUGUUGACAUGUCAAAUCCACAAAAUUGAAUAGACAACGAGAAGAUUACGACGAGCGAAAAGCCAAAUAUUUUUUUACUAAUUUCUUACAAUUUUUAUGCUUAUUUUUAACUAAAAAAAUAGCACUUUUAUGUUCAAUUUAAUGUUUGUGGCACAAUAAAUUAAUAAACAUGAGAGUUGCGGAUAUUUUACGUCGGCUAGACGCUUACCCGCGUACACUUGAAGAUUUCAGUGUUAGAACUGUUAGCGGUGCAGCCGUUACAAUUAUUAGCACAAGCAUUGUAUUUUUCCUAAUAUGUUUGGAAUUGUAUGCGUACCUAACGCCGAAUCUCACCGAAGAGCUAUUUGUCGAUACGACAAGAGGGCACAAACUUCGCAUUAAUUUAGACUUAACUGUAGCCAAUUUAGCGUGCAAUUAUCUUUCUCUCGAUGCAAUGGACUCUUCGGGUGAUCAACAUUUGAGAGUUGAUCAUCAUGUUUUGAAGCAUCGCUUGGAUUUGCAAGGCAAUCCAAUAAGCGAAGCUGAACCAAUUAAAGAAAUAAUCUCAGUUUCCACGUCACCGGUUAAUAAGACUUGUGGCAGUUGUUAUGGAGCCGAACAUAAUUCAACUCAAUGCUGUAAUACUUGUGACGAAGUUAUGGAGGCGUAUCGCUUGAAAAAAUGGAAUGUUCAACUUGAUAAGAUUGAACAGUGUAAAGAUAAAUUCAAGAGAUCGGACAAGGAUGCUUUGAAAGAAGGAUGUAGAGUUCAGGGACAUUUGGAAGUUAAUCGGAUGGCUGGCAGUUUUCAUAUUGCACCUGGAAAUAGCUUUUCUAUUCGACAAUUCCAUAUUCAUGAUUUUCAACUGACCGAUGUUAAACUAACGCAUACUAUUAAUCAUUUAUCGUUUGGUGAUAAAAUUGAAUUUGCCAAUACACAUCCACUGGAUGGACUUAAGGUCGAGAGUGAUGAAGCAACGAAAAGUGAAAUGUACAAUUAUUAUUUAAAAAUCGUUCCAACUAUGUAUGUGAAAUUGAAUCAAACAUCCAUCCAUACAAAUCAAUUUUCGGUUACUCGGUACAGGAAAGACCUAACCGAUAAGGAACGUGGAAUGCCUGGUAUAUUCUUUUCCUAUGAACUCUCUCCACUUAUGGUUAAAUAUGAAGAAAAAUCACGAUCCUUUGGUCAUUUUGCAACAAAUUGUUGUUCAAUUAUUGGUGGAGUAUUUACUGUUGCUGGUAUAAUAGCUGUCUUCCUUAAUAAUUCACUCGAGGUGAUAAAAAGAAAAUUUGAAAUUGGUAAAUUAAGUUAACAAACAAAAAGAAGAUGAAGAGAAAAGUCUGUUCUAUUGCUCGCGUGCCUCAUUCCAUGAUUAGAAUUAGAAUUUCAGCUCAAAGACAAAAAAUACAAACAAAAAAAAAACGACAAAA